CUGGAGCACCACACACUGCUCGCUCUGGCAAAGCAGCACACUUGGUCCUUGCUCGCGUCGCGUAGUGCAUUAUUAUUAUUUUUUAUUGCAGUUCUAAUGUCGGAGAAUUUUUUCGUGUACUGCAAAUGCGCUUUGUACUUUUAUUUGCAUCGGCUACUCGUCAUAUGAUGAAGGUGUUACUAAUGCAAGGCUUUUUUUUAGUUUAUUUUUCUCCUCUUUUACAUGAAAUAUUUAAAUUCCUAUUUGUUGCCGCUGCUACUUCUCAGUGCACAUGUGACUACCAGCAUCGCACAAUCUCCGCACUUGCAAAGGCAAGCGCCAUCAAUGCAAACAACUGGCAGCCACUUAUUUCUAUCCAUUAUAUUGUCCGCCGCGCUUGUAAAAUACAAUCUUAAAAUCCGGAUAUACCACCCACACUCUCGCAUAUGUCCAGUAUAUUAUGACAAGUGCAGGCAAGUGAAAAAUGUUGCUUUUUUGGCUUUUUAUAUAUGGUCGGUGCAAUACGACCAAGUACAAAACUUGUUUGAAAUGACGUAUGUGCAUGCAAUUCGGAUACAUGAAAGGAUCUUUUAGUAUGUGUCACUCAAAUUGCUUGUCUGCCGAUUGCUUUUUUUUUU